GUUGGACACGAUUGAGCAUGCACACAUGCACGCAGCUACUGGCUGGGAGAUGGAUAUGUGGGUGAUCUUCGGAGUUCUGGGGAGUUACAGUCCCAGAGAAGCUCUUGAGGCCCCUUUCAACAGAGGAGGAGGAAUUCUGCGUGGCUGUUGGCCCAGAGACUUCAGGGCAGGAUCUGAGGAGGGGCUGGGGGCUUGUCUGGACAGCAAAGCCCCCAGAACACAUACCUUGGUCCCCUCCACCCCGGUUCUGGCCUCUCUCUCUGCCAUGGAUUUGCUGUGGGAUUUUGUGCAAAGAGCCUCUCCUCUCUGGGCGUCAGCUUCCCCAGCGGUCAUCGAAGAAGCCUGGUCCGGUCCCCCUGGAGUGAUGCAGAGCACUGACUCGGCUGCCUGGAUCACAGCAGAAUGGAAGAGAAGCUGAAGAAAACCAAGAUCAUCUUUGUGGUGGGCGGGCCCGGCUCGGGGAAGGGCACCCAGUGUGAGAAGAUCGUGCAGAAGUACGGCUACACCCACCUCUCCACCGGAGACCUCCUGAGGGCUGAGGUCAGCUCGGGCUCGGCUAGGGGCAAGAUGCUGUCAGAAAUCAUGGAGAAGGGGCAGCUGGUGCCACUGGAGACAGUGCUGGACAUGCUCCGAGACGCCAUGGUGGCCAAGGUAGAUACUUCCAAAGGCUUUCUGAUCGACGGCUACCCCCGGGAAGUGCAGCAGGGGGAGGAGUUUGAGCAGAGGAUCGCACAGCCCACGCUACUGCUCUAUGUGGACGCCAGCCCUGAGACCAUGAUCAAGCGGCUCCUGAAGCGCGGAGAGACCAGUGGACGUGUGGACGACAACGAAGAGACCAUCAAGAAGCGUCUGGAAACCUACUACAAGGCCACAGAGCCCGUCAUCGCCUUCUACGAGAAACGCGGCAUUGUUCGCAAGGUCAAUGCUGAAGGCUCUGUGGACAAUGUCUUCUCCCAGGUCUGCACCCACCUGGACGCCCUCAAGUAGCCAAGCUGGAGCCCCCUCCCCAGCGAGAGCCCCACCCCACCCUCGUCCUGACUUGAGGCCUUCCUGGCCUGAGCUCAGCGCCUCCACCCUGCCCGGCUGAGCACAGGCAGAGGAAGCCACUUUAUCCUGUUUUCAUGGACAGCCGAGCACUAAAGGAGUUUCCAAGGACA